CCUCGACCAGAGAACAUUGAAUAACAAGCGGAAGCGAAAAGCGCACAGCCAGAAAAGUUCGUCAAAAAGCGACAAGUUUUCCUCGCACGUUUUCCCGCCAAAUGAGUCAGACAAAUUUUCCAAGUGCUUCGUACGAAAAAUAAAAACUUGAAAGAACUUAAAAGUGCAAGCAGUGAAAGGAAUACAAUUUCCGGGAGAUUAAAACUAGAAACUUUAAAAAUAUUUACUCAACUAAAGUUUAAAUACAUUUUAAAAAUUUAUACAAAAAUUAAGUUUUGUAUAAAAUAAAAUAUCGCAAUGGCCAUUGCUUAUUUCAUACCCGAUCAAGCCCAAUUGUUGGCCAGAAGCAAUCAGCAAAAUGGCCAACAGGCGGCAACGAGUCCAAGGACAACUGCAACACCUGCUGCACCACCGCAGCAACCGCAACACUCGCCGCAGCAACAGCAACAUCAACAGCAGCAACAUCGUCCUCAAUUCCGUGCCAAUAUUUCCGUGCCACUGGGAAGUCAACAGGGAUCGAUGACCAUGUCGGAGUUCGGAUGCUGGGAUCUCCUGGCCCAGAUCUUCUGCUACGCACUGAGGAUCUACAGCUACAAUUCCAGCCAGCGACGGCCGACGGUCAUACAGAUAUCCUUCGAAAUCAGCAGCGGCAGUCAGAACAACGAUGAUGACGAUGUGACCGAUGCCAACUCCAAGGAAAAUUAAAUUUCCAUUUUUCAUCCGGGUGAAGAGAAAGUCUUUUGGGAUUUUCUGGAAAAGGCAGGCUCAAUCAAAGCGCAUUGUGAUUUCUUUUUUGGGUAUGGACACAUGAGGAGAAAGGAGUUUUGUAAAAAAAUGGGAUAUUUCCACAACAAAAUAAGAAAAAUAUUUUUAAACAAUUUUUGGUAGAGAUAGAGAGGAAAAUUCAAAAUUUGUCAUCGAUUUGCUUAAAGUGAUAUUGAUUGUUUGUUACUUUUUUUGGGUGUCAAAAUUUUCCGAUUUCAGUUUGAGGAAAACAUUUAAUUUUGCAAGCAAAGGUUUCCCGGUUGGUUCAAACACAUUAUUACCAUACAUCAUUUUGAGAGCAGCAGCAAAGAAAUACUUCAAAUGUGUAUAAUUAUCAUAAACCUAAUUAGUGUCUAUACAUAUGAGUAAAACCACAAGUAUCGUAUUCAACUAAAAACUAAUUGUCAAAUAUUUGCAUUUUAACUACUUACGUAUAUAAAUCCUAAACUAGUUAAUACAGAACUACAAUACAGAACCAACAAACAAACAAAGAUGCAACCGCAGCAACAAGAAUAACAAAAGACAACAACUCAAUUGUACAAAAUAGAUUUUAAGCAAACAGCAAAUUUUAUAUGUUUACAAAAAAGAAAGAAAAUAUAAAAUACAAAUGUCUACAAUAUAGCUACAGAAUACAAAAAAACCGCCGAACAGAAAAAAUAAAUUGCAAACCAAAAUUAAAUAAAGCAACACAUUUAAGCAAUUUUGAUACGAAUAAUCAUGAAUAACAAAACUCAAAAUGUAUUUUACCAUUAUUAUUGAUUUUAGCAAAAUUCAAAACAAAUUAUUUAACUUUUUGGCAUUGCAAAUUAAACAAAAAAAAUAUUUAAAUUAAUCGAAUGUAAAAAAUUAGCAUUUGUAAGCAAUUAAAAUUUU